UCACAUUUAUCACUUUCAUUUUUUAUUUUCUUCUGGCUUUAAAUUCAUUUCCUUAUUUCUUGGUUGUAAUAGAUUGCCAUCCCAAUACAGACACACUUCCACUUCUGUGUCAUAACACAUAGCAAUGGAUUCAAGUGCAGAGGCUGCCCAAAGAAUUGCAAGGAUUUCUGCUCAUCUUCACCCUCCAAAUUUCCAGAUGGAGGGAAGUUCAGCUCUGAAAAGAGCUGAUUGCAGAGCAAAAGGUGGAUCUCCUGGGUUCAAGGUGGCCAUCUUGGGUGCUGCUGGAGGCAUUGGACAACCUCUUGCAAUGCUUAUGAAGAUGAAUCCAUUGGUCUCAGUUCUUCACCUCUAUGAUGUUGUCAAUGCUCCUGGUGUCACUGCUGAUAUUAGCCACAUGGACACUGGUGCUGUGGUCCGUGGUUUCCUAGGCCAGCCACAGCUUGAGAAUGCUCUCACAGGCAUGGACCUAGUAGUCAUACCUGCUGGUGUGCCAAGGAAACCUGGCAUGACUAGGGAUGAUCUGUUUAACAUUAAUGCUGGGAUUGUCAGAACUCUCUGUGAAGGCAUUGCAAAGUGUUGUCCCAGAGCAAUUGUCAAUUUGAUCAGUAAUCCAGUUAAUUCCACAGUUCCAAUUGCAGCUGAGGUUUUCAAGAAAGCUGGGACUUAUGACCCUAAACGACUUCUUGGAGUCACAAUGCUUGAUGUUGUCAGAGCAAACACUUUUGUGGCAGAAGUGCUGGGACUUGAUCCUAGGGAAGUUGAUGUUCCUGUUGUUGGAGGUCAUGCAGGAGUUACAAUUUUACCACUUCUAUCACAGGUUAAGCCUCCGUGCAGCUUCACCUCAGAAGAAACUGAAUACCUGACCAAAAGAAUUCAAGAUGGUGGCACAGAGGUUGUUCAGGCAAAAGCUGGGGCUGGCUCUGCAACACUUUCAAUGGCAUAUGCAGCAGUGAAAUUUGCCGACGCGUGCCUUCGAGGUUUAAGAGGAGAUGCUGGAAUUGUUGAAUGUUCAUUUGUAGCCUCUCAGGUGACAGAGCUCCCGUUCUUCGCAACCAAGGUACGGCUUGGCCGUAAUGGAGCUGAGGAAGUCUAUCAACUUGGUCCCUUAAAUGAGUAUGAAAGAAUUGGGUUGGAGAAGGCGAAGAAAGAGUUGGAAGCAAGCAUUCAGAAGGGAAUUUCUUUCAUCAAGAAAUAGAAGAGCUUUGUCAUGUAAAUUAUAUUAGUUUAUCAUAUAUAGGGAACCUUGUAUGAUUUUGUUUUGAAAAGGGCAAUCUUCUUGUGUCUUGACUUUUUCGAAAUGAAUAUUUCCAAUAAAGUUCAGCUGAUAUAGACAUCAGAAUUCAUGCU